CCCCUAACUCGCCCCCUUCCCGCCGCUUCCACGCCGUUCUAGACCUCCGGCGAAUCCUCCCCUCCCGCCUCUUAUUACCCAUCUCAUCUCCGAUCUCCCCCCAGCAAUUUCCGACGAGAAGAAGACACCAAGGCGAAUCCCCCCCAAUCGCCAUUGCCAGUUCCGUUGCAGUUAAUCCGUAGCUCGCAGAAGCGGAAGCCAUGAAUCCCGACAAGUUCACGCACAAGACCAAUGAGGCGCUCGCGGCGGCGCACGAGAUGGCGUCCGAGGCCGGCCACGCGCAGCUCACGCCGCUGCACCUCGCCGCGGCGCUCGCGGCGGACAGGUCGGGCAUCCUCCGCCAGGCCAUCGCCCACGCGUCCGGCGGCAACGACGCCGCGGCCGAGUCGUUCGAGCGCGUCGCGUCCGCCGCGCUCAAGCGGCUGCCCUCGCAGUCCCCGCCGCCCGACACCGUCCCGGCCUCCACCUCGCUGGUCAAGGCCGUCCGCCGCGCGCAGUCGGCGCAGAAGUCGCGCGGCGACUCGCACCUCGCCGUCGACCAGCUGCUCAUGGGCCUCCUCGAGGACCCGCAGAUCUCCGACGCGCUCAAGGAGGCCGGCAUCUCCGCUGCGCGGGUGAAGGCCGAGGUCGAGAAGCUCCGGGGAGGCGACAACCGGCGCGUGGAGUCCGCGUCGGGGGACACCAACUUCCAGGCCCUCAAGACGUACGGCCGCGACCUCGUGGAGGUGGCGGGCAAGCUGGACCCGGUCAUCGGCCGCGACGAGGAGAUCCGGCGCGUGGUGCGGAUCCUGUCGCGGCGCACAAAGAACAACCCCGUCCUCAUCGGCGAGCCCGGCGUGGGCAAGACCGCCGUGGUGGAGGGGCUCGCGCAGCGCGUCGUGCGCGGCGACGUCCCCAGCAACCUCCUGGACGUGCGCCUGGUCGCGCUCGACAUGGGCGCGCUCGUGGCCGGCGCCAAGUACCGCGGCGAGUUCGAGGAGCGGCUCAAGGCCGUGCUCAAGGAGGUGGAGGAGGCCGAGGGGAAGGUGAUACUGUUCAUCGACGAGAUACACCUGGUGCUCGGCGCCGGGCGGACGGAGGGGUCAAUGGACGCGGCCAACCUGUUCAAGCCGAUGCUGGCGAGGGGGCAGCUCAGGUGCAUUGGCGCGACGACCCUCGAGGAGUACAGGAAGUACGUCGAGAAGGACGCCGCGUUCGAGAGGCGGUUCCAGCAGGUGUUCGUGGCGGAGCCCAGCGUCCCGGACACCGUCAGCAUACUCAGAGGGCUCAAGGAGAAGUACGAGGGGCACCAUGGCGUGAGGAUUCAGGACCGCGCGCUCGUCAUUGCCGCGCAGCUCUCGUCGAGGUACAUCAUGGGUCGCCAUUUGCCUGAUAAAGCAAUCGAUUUGGUUGACGAGGCCUGCGCAAAUGUGAGGGUGCAACUUGACAGCCAGCCUGAAGAGAUCGACAACCUCGAGAGGAAGAGGAUCCAGUUGGAAGUCGAGCUCCAUGCCCUCGAGAAGGAGAAGGACAAGGCUAGCAAAGCUCGGCUAGUUGAUGUGAGGAAAGAGUUGGACGAUCUGAGAGACAAGCUGCAGCCGCUGCAGAUGAAGUAUCGCAAGGAGAAAGAGAGGAUCGACGAGAUCAGGAGCCUGAAGCAGCGCCGCGAAGAGCUGCAGUUCACUCUGCAGGAGGCCGAGCGCCGGAUGGAUUUGGCCCGCGUGGCUGAUCUCAGAUACGGUGCUCUGCAGGAGGUUGACGCUGCCAUUGCUAAGCUGGAGGGUGAGACCGGCGAGAAUUUGAUGUUAACAGAGACUGUCGGCCCGGACCAGAUUGCUGAGGUGGUGAGCCGCUGGACUGGUAUUCCUGUCACCAGGCUCGGACAGAAUGAGAAGGCGAGGCUGAUCGGGCUGGCAGAUCGACUGCAUCAGAGGGUCGUUGGACAGUAUGAGGCCGUCAAUGCAGUUGGAGAGGCUGUUCUACGGUCGAGGGCUGGCCUUGGACGCCCGCAGCAGCCUACUGGUUCAUUCCUCUUCCUUGGACCGACCGGUGUCGGAAAAACCGAGCUCGCCAAGGCUCUAGCUGAGCAGCUGUUUGAUGACGAGAACCUGCUCGUCCGCAUCGACAUGUCUGAAUACAUGGAGCAGCAUUCGGUUGCCCGGCUAAUCGGAGCCCCACCUGGAUAUGUUGGUCAUGAAGAAGGGGGGCAGCUGACCGAGCAAGUGAGGAGGAGGCCAUACAGUGUCAUCCUCUUCGACGAGGUUGAGAAGGCGCAUGUGGCGGUGUUCAACACUCUGCUCCAGGUCCUGGACGAUGGGCGGUUGACCGACGGGCAAGGCAGGACGGUUGAUUUUAGGAACACGGUGAUCAUCAUGACCUCAAACCUUGGCGCGGAGCACCUCCUCGCCGGAAUGGUGGGCAAUUCGAUGAAGGUUGCUCGUGAUCUGGUCAUGCAGGAGGUGAGGAGGCAUUUCCGCCCGGAGCUGCUGAACCGUCUGGACGAGAUCGUCAUCUUCGACCCUCUGUCGCAUGAGCAGCUGCGGAAGGUCGCUCGGCUUCAGAUGAAAGAUGUGGCAGUCCGUCUUGCCGAGAGGGGCGUUGCUCUGGCCGUCACCGACGCCGCCCUGGACGUCAUCCUGUCACUGUCUUACGAUCCGGUCUAUGGCGCCAGGCCAAUCCGGAGAUGGAUCGAGAAGAGGAUAGUGACGGAGCUCUCCAAGAUGUUGAUCCGCGAGGAGAUCGACGAGAACUCCACGGUGUACAUCGACGCUGCGCCCAGCAAGGACGAGCUGACCUAUGGCGUCGACAAGCACGGAGGGCUGGUGAACGCGCGCACGGGCCACAAGUCCGACAUCCUGAUCCAGGUUCCUAGCGGAGCUGUUGGGGGCGAUGCGGCGCACGCCGUGAAGAAGAUGAAGAUCAUGCAGGACAGCGGAGAGGUGGACGACAUGGAGGAAGAGUAGAUGGAAACCGCAUCGAUUGAUCCCUUUCUGACUGUAGUUCCAAGUGCCUGCACCAGGCAGUCGUAUGAGCUCUGUUUUUGCUUUUGGACCGUGCUGAUUUAGGUAGUUCGGAAUCGUAUCUGUUGAAUUGGGGGUGAAAUGAAUUGUAGUUGAGGAUGAAGUGAAAUCAGGAUUGUGAUUAUUCUGCUUUCGUAACCCCAGUUUAACUCUGAAA